AUGGAGUGCAACGAUACGGAAAGGCAGAUCAGCCACUUUCUGAACGAACAGGGCAAUUACGUGAUGAACGCAAACGAUUUCAGCCAAUCGCUCAAACAUCAGGCCGUCUCUCAAUCCCCUAGUCGGGGCCGUGGUCGUGGCUUACCCAGCGCUUCAACCUCUGGCGAUUCUACGGCUAGAACGCGUCUCGCAGCCGAAAUUCGACGCCUUGGGGUGCACUCUCAUCCGAUAGGCUACCUGGCCACCACGGAGGAAACCUUGCGGCAAUGUCCGGGGCAGGAAAUUACGGCCACGCUGCGUGCGCUGCGGAUUAACUGUUCCGAAACGAUGCUCGAAGAUCGGGGCACCACCUCGGGCAGGAACUCGACGUGGCAGAACACGGAGGACAUUCGCAUCGACGGCAAAGUGCCGGUCAUUCUGAACGGAGCUUUAUUCCAAAAGCCACGGUCUCCCGUACAAGUGAAAAAGCCGGCAGAGGCAGUCGCAGAGCCGCUCGAUCCAGAUGCACCGCUCGAGCUCCAGUUCUCGACGAUCGCAGAGUUCCACACCAACAAUCCGUUCUACGAAGACGAAUCGAAGCAACCGGAGGUGCCGCUAACGACGGAAAAAAAGAAGAAACAGGCUGGGAAACAACCGGAGAAACAGCAGAAAAGCAAGAAAACCAAAUGGAAGAAGGUUACCGUGAAGGAGAUAGCGCCAAACACGGAGCCCCGUGGACGGUACGACGUGGCGUAUGAUACCAUCAGCACGGGUUCAAUCGCUCUUGCCCGCCAACCGCAGCGUGAACUGUACGACGCUGAUGGCAAACGAGUUUUCCCCACAAGCAGCGGUCUGUUUUGAUCGGUGCACUUAAGUAUUCAGCCCACUCGCUUAGGAAUCUGAUUCGAUGGUUUUUACUGUUAAGUUUUUAGAAAAAAAUAUCGUCAAUACGGAGCAGCAGUCAACCAGAGAAUGUAUUUGAAUUAAUAGAGAUCGAAGGUGAUAAUAGGAUUUCUGAUCAGCAAGAAUGAUUAGUUGAAUCGCUAUGGAAGGUUAGUGUAGGCAGAAGAUAAAAAGAUCGAGAUGUUAAUCAUGCAAUCCGCCGAUGCCAACGGUUACCAAAACGGAGCUGUACCAAAACGAAGCGCCUUAUACCACCGGUGUACGUCCCAUGAUAGAUAUAUUUUUACUUGUCGGAACGGAAAUAAACGCGGCUUGAACUGUCUGCUUAUUUAUUAGAGAGU